CACCAGCCAGGUGAACAAGCUGACCAUGGCCUCCAAAGACUCGACCAUCCUGGCUGAGGGCGGCAGCAGCCCCGACCUCUCAGAGGAGUCAACAGGACCCAGGCGGGUGGAGGACAAUGAGCGUGACUUGGUCCAGUACAGCUACUCCUUCUUCCACUUCAUGCUCUUCCUGGCCUCACUUUACAUUAUGAUGACCCUCACCAACUGGUACAGCCCCGAUGCAGACUACACCAUAACCAGCAAGUGGCCAGCAGUGUGGGUGAAGAUCACAUCCAGCUGGGUGUGCUUGGCCCUGUACACGUGGACCCUGGUGGCCCCGCUGAUCCUCACCAACCGAGACUUCAGCUGAUCAGCGACUCCACCCUGGCCUCCACAAAGCAGAAACUCUGACCAUACUGCCUACAUCUUAUUCUCAAAAUGAACUCGCAUUUUAUACAUUUGACUGGAGUUUAGUUUAAUUAUUUCAGUUGAACAAUUGGGUCAGGUUUAGAGGUGCCCUAACAGCUGCUUCAGGUACAGGUAAUUACUGUAGUGAAAACAUCCCAUUCGUUUGUUUACAUUUGUAAUGUGAACUGAAUAAUAUUGUGAAUUUUCAAUCAAAUACAAUGUCAAAAAAAUGUAUGUGCUCUCAACAAUCUAAAUUUAACAAAAAAUAUUCGUCAGAUUUAAUAAAAUCCAAAUAUUUUCAUUCUGCUUAGAAAUAUGAAUGUAUUAAAGUAAUAACAAUGGUUUGUAAACCGCACACAGUAGUAAGCCCAUAUAGUUUACUGCUAUGCCUUCCAAUGCCUUAUAGCCUGUAACAUUUUUCAGAUAUGUGAAUAUAUUAGGAGUAAUAUGAAGUACAUGAUUGUAGUAGUAAACUGUUGUUGGUAAACAUGGCACAUUCCUACAAUAUGACUCAAAGUCAAGAUUCUGAAAAAUAUCUAUGGACCAAGAUAUUUAAUGUAAAGGUGUCUAUCAGAUGUGAUAGUUUCAGGUUUUAAUAUAAAUCUGCACAGUGACAGACAUGCACUGGACAGACAGAUACAAUCAGAAAAAAAUCUUUAAAGCUGAUAUGAGUGAUGAUGUAAUUAUUCUCUGUGCAUCAUUGUAUGACUCUAAAUAGUACGCAAUAGCUUUUAUGUUUAUUAUGAUUUUACUUGCAAAGAGUGUCAUAUUUUUUUUAAUCUAAGAAUUACAUUUUGUAAGAAAUGUCAGGGAAUGCUAUUUGAAUGGUUAAAUAUGUUUGAGAAUAUGAAUCAAACCAGACUUGUAUGAUACAAACGCUGACCAAAUGCCUUGUAAGCCAAAGUGAUUUACUGUAGUCAGUAUGUAAUUCAUGGUCAUUUCUGUUUGCUUUGACUCCGUUUUCACAACCGAGAUUCUCUGUGCAAAGCUCAACAAUAUUAAAUGAUCUAGUCCAACGUGCAUGUCCAUUGACUUCCAGACUCAUUUUGCGUUCUGGGAAUCAUUCUCGCAGCAUUCGUAUAAAAGCCUCUCAA